CUGCACAUCCAGCGAGCGGAAUAAUGGCGGCCGGUGAGUCGGUGCGCUGACACUAAGAUCUGAAGACGGUUCGGGCUGAGGACGAACCGUUUGCCUGAUCGGCACGAGAGGCGGCUUUUUAAACACUACACGGUUGUCGGGAGGGAAUUGUUGCUAAUAAUAACAGCGGACGGCCGGAUAGAUUGGAGCGGGACUUUUUAUUUUUGUUAAAAAUGGAUGAACAGCCGGGCGGUGGAGAAGGAAUGGCCAGUGCGAGACAGCAGCAGGGCAAUAACAAUAACAGCCUUAAUGCUCAGUUAAUCAAUGCUGCAGGCGCACAGAUGGCUCAGCAGCAGCAAGACGAAGCUCCAAGGCCCCAACAGUACACAAUCCCGGGAAUAUUACACUACAUCCAGCAUGAGUGGGCCCGAUUCGAGAUGGAGAGGGCACACUGGGAAGUGGAGAGGGCCGAACUGCAGGUAUCAGAUGGCACACGCUUACCAGCUAGAUCUGCUCAUACACUAAUCCGAGACCCUUUAUAUGUUCACGAUUUAAUCUAUAUACAAUUAAUCCUGUUUGUUUCAGAAGAUACCAAAGAUACCAUAGAGGGGUCUGGUGUACCGAACAGCCAGUUAACCUGGAAGCAAGGGCGGCAACUGCUCAGACAAUAUCUUCAGGAAGUAGGUUACACAGACACGAUAUUGGAUGUGCGAUCGCAGCGAGUCCGCUCCUUAUUGGGGCUCUCUGGCUCAGAGCAGAACGGCUCAGUGGAGACCAAGAACCUGGAGCAGAUUCUUAAUGGAGGAGAGUCUCCAGCUAAAAGGAAGGGACAUGACAUGAAAAGGAAUCCAGGAGAUGUUCUGGAGACAUUUAACUUCUUAGAAAACGCUGAUGACAGUGAUGAAGAGGAUGACGAGGAGGGAGACAUAAUGGAAGACCUGUCGAACAGAACUGAUAAACAGAGAAUAAAAAAACAAAAAAUUAAGGUGGGGAACGAGGGUUUAGCAUCAGACCUUCCAGAAGACGCGGACACAGAAGAAGCGCUGAAGGAGUUUGACUUCCUGGUCAACGCAGAGGACGGCGAGGGCGCCGGAGAAGCUCGCAGCUCAGGAGAUGGCACUGAGUGGGCUGAACCGCUGCCGUUUCCCUCCGGAGGUGGCAAGUCCUUUAUCAUGGGCUCAGAUGACGUUUUGGAAAGUGUUCUUGGCCUGGGGGACCUUGCUGACCUGACAGUCUCCAAUGAUGAUGCUGAUUACGGCUAUGACCUGCCAGCCAAUAAGGAUGCCUUCAGGAAGACAUGGAAUCCGAAAUACACCCUGCGCAGUCACUUUGAUGGAGUGCGCGCUCUGGCUUUUCAUCCUGUAGAACCAGUGCUGGUCACUGUCUCAGAAGAUCACACCCUCAAGCUGUGGAACCUCCAGAAGACAGUUCCCGCCAAAAAAAGUGCCUCUUUUGAUGUGGAGCCCAUCUACACGUUCAGAGCACAUUCUGGGCCUGUGCUCUCAUUGGCGGUCACUACAAACGGGGAGCAGUGCUUUAGUGGUGGCCUGGACUCAACAAUACAGUGGUGGAAUAUCCCAGGCUCUAAUGUAGACCCUUAUGACACAUACGAUCCAAGUGUUCUGGCUGGCUGUUUACUGGGCCACACAGAUGCGGUUUGGGGUCUGGCCUACAGCGGAAUCAAGAACCGACUGCUGUCCUGCUCCGCAGAUGGAACCAUCAAGCUGUGGGACCCUCAAGAGAAAUCACCUUGUCUCUACUCCUUCAAUUCCGAGAGAGAGCACGGCGUUCCCACAUCGGUGGAUUUUAACGGUUGUGAUCCAGCAUACAUGGUGACUUCUUACAACACUGGCAGUGUCAUCAUCUAUGAUCUAGAGACUUCUCAGUCAGUGCUCGAGUUCCCAGUACAGAAGGACAGCACUCUGCCUUUUGGGAAUCAUAUUAAUAAAGUUGUGAGUCACCCCACACUGCCAGUUACAAUCACAGCCCAUGAGGACAGGCACAUCAAAUUCUUUGAUAAUAAAUCAGGUAAAGUGAUUCAUGCAAUGGUGGCUCACCUAGAUGCAGUCACCAGUUUGGCAGUCGAUCCUAAUGGCAUCUACCUGAUGUCAGGAAGUCACGACUGUUCCAUCCGCCUGUGGAACCUGGACAGCAAAACGUGUGUACAGGAAGUCACCUCUCACAGGAAGAAGUCAGACGAGUCCAUAUAUGACGUUGCCUUUCACCCUUCUAAGGCGUUUAUAGGGAGCGCCGGGGCCGACGCCCUGGCCAAAGUGUUUGUAUAGACCCCAUUCACCGAUUUCAGAGUGAACUCACCCUCACCGUCAGACAGAGAGAGAUCCAACUACUUCACUGCCUAUCUGACAAGAAUAGCGUUUCCUAUGCUUCAGCUGAAUUAACCUUCUCCGGUGCCAGCACUUUUCUGAUCAUGCCAAGCUGUGGACUGUCGGUUUAGUGAGGCCUGUGUGAAGCGACCACUUAGUUUGAUCUUUUCCCUGAGCUGGAGUUACACCAGUGUUUUCUUUUAAUUGGGUUUGAAAUGUAUGUAUGGGUUUGCAUCAUGGGUUGGUAUCAUGUUUAUCAAAAGAUCAUCACAGUGAGGGCAAACAAGCUGCACUAGAGGAAGUAAUCUUCCUCACUGCAUUGCUUUGAUUAUUUGCCCUCUGACCUUAAUGUACCGAUAUAAAUCAAUUAAAACAACCAUACCAUUUAAAUUCAUCGACUUCACACACUAGCAUUUGCUUCACGACAGUUUUGUGUGUAAAAGAAAGCUAUAGUUUUUAUAAUCCUUUUAUAUGAAUAAAGACUGUGGUAGCAAAAAAAUUUUUAAAUAAAAAGGCAGUGUGUUUCCAUUCAGACAUUCCAUCUGAAUCCAGUCUGUCCUCUUAUAUCACCGGACGACCUCGACACACCCUGCUUUCCCCAGGUCUACUAUGUGACAGCGUUAAUUGUAUAAUGGAAGGAAGACUGAACGGUAGUAGAAGCACAGUUGAUUUUGACCUGAAAGCUCUUUAGGUAUCCACAUGUAAGCGGCACCCGAUCACUAUGUGAUGUUUUUGUACAUCUGACUGUAAUUGAGUUUAUUUAUCACCGUUAGGCAACUGAGCGCUAUUGGCUUAUUAUUUAUUUCAGUAUUUCGGGUAGGUCUUAGCCUCUUUUUGUAUAAACAUACAAAGCCUGAGCGAUUGGGCUCUCAAGUUUAAAAAAAAAAGGUAAGAGCAGUCCAAAAAGAAGUAACUAGAUUUUUAAAUGCAGUUUCAUCCUAUGCUAAAAAUAAGGUUGAAAUUGACCUUUAUUACAUUUUUAUAAGUUAUAGGGGAUCUUAGCAUCUGGUGAAUGACAAUUGAGUUAUCACUCUGUCCCUACAUUUUAUCCUGUAAACCAUUUUAUUUUCAAACCUACAGUUUAUGGUGUAACUAAAACUCUUGUUUGUGUAAUGCAUGAAUAAUAAAGUAUUUUUUUUCUAGUCUUCCCAAAAAGGUUCUGAUCAGUUUGCAGAGUUUUGAUGAGUUUUGUAAGACUUUUUUUGAUUUGCAAAUUUCAGAUUUACAGAAGAUUUUAAAGACUGUAUUUCAGUAAAAUCCAACUGGUGAAAAGUAAUGUAUAUAAAAUGUCUAUAAUAAAUAUUAAAUGGUGUACCUGUAUAUGUAACCUGUCCAAUGCCUUAUUUCUUUAGGGGUUAGAAACUGGGUGGAAAGCAACUGCUGUGUACAUUAUUAAAUACUUUUAAAUAAA